AUGACAUACAUGUAUUAUGCUUCGGCUGCCCUUUUGGUGACAUUUUCCAUUUAUCGACCCUUUAUUACAAAAUUAGAUAAAGUGAAAUACGGUGCACUCGGGGGCGCUUCAUUUCUUGCCCCGUUUGUUAUUGAUUACAACAACAGAGCAACAACAACAAAUCAACAACAGCAUCAUCAACAGCACAACAUGACAUCCAUUCUACACUUAAUACAUGUCAAUGCAUCAAAUAUGCCUGUUUCAUCUGCCGCAUCAUCACAGAGCUUGGUGUCAGAUGCAGUGGUAUUGUUUAUGCUUACUGCUUUUAUUGUGUCUGUCUGUGGUCUGUUUACAAGAUGGCACUUCCCAAUCACCUUUAUAAAGCCAAACGCAAGCAGUCUGGUGUCUGGCUUUGUUCGCCACGGCCUGUCUAUUUUAAUCAUUUUGAUGGCCAUCACUAGCCAAUACGCCUCUCUGCAAUCAGUCUCAUUUGCACUGACCACCAUCGGCUUAUUGUGGUACAUUGCUGGACCGUAUUUCAUUCGCAGAGCUAGAGUCAUUGCUGCAACUGCCAUGAUUUCAACUCUUUUAGGCUUUUUUGUUUGUUGCACAGCAUAUACCCACAGCAAACUGUAUGCAACAUCCAUUUUAGACUGCACUCUAUUUGUCCUUGUGCUAGUGCUAUCUUGUAGUGCAAUUGACUAUCUUGAUACCAUCCUUAACACUUAUCCUCAUUUGGUCCAAAAAGACAAAUCAAAGCAAGCAGCGCUGCAGAAUCAAGCUUCCUUUGCAUACUGGAUGGCCGUGGCUCAAUUAGUCGCUAACAUGCCCAAUGAAUCUGAUCUCCAUGCAUCCCCUAUUGAGGAUCUCGAAACCGCUAUUCGUGUGUUGGGUCCUGCCUCAAGAUCAUGGAAGACAAUGGCCGCUCUGUUUCCUGUUAACUUGCGCCAAGAUCUCUGCCUCUUGUAUGCCUUCUUCCGCACUGCUGAUGACUUGGUGGAUGAUGCUCCUACUCCAAAGCAAUGUGAGCAAAAUUUGAUUACUAUCCGUAAAUUCCUUCGUGAGGUCUUUUUCCCUGCUCAAGCCAACAAGCAGCACUAUCUACAACAGGAUUUGACUCUCCCUGGCCAUAUCAAUUGGAAUUACUAUGCUGCUCUGCUCCCAAAUGAAGACGUUCUCGCUAUAUUUAGAAACUUUGCUCGUAUCUCACACUACCUGUGUCCUCGUGCUAUGUCUGAGCUGACUGAUGCCUGGGAACAUGAUCUGCGAGGAGAGCCUGUGAAGAAGCAAAAGGAUCUUUUGAACUAUGCUGCUUUGAUCUCUGGUACAUUUGGAGAGCUCUGUACAUGUGCCAUCAUGUACAAGACCGGUCGCGGCAGCUGGGGAAAGCAAAAGAAUAACAAGGCCCGCAAUGAAGAUGUCUUAUCAAGAGCUAGAGCUACAGGACAGUGUCUUCAAUUAAUUAACAUUGCUCGUGAUGUGAUUGCUGAUAGUUUUGUGGGUCGUUGUUAUGUUCCUCUUCAAUACAUGCCAUAUCCUCCUCAAGACAUGUACCAUAUCUUGAAGGUUGCAAGAAAUCCUCUAUUGGUGGGCGAACAAACCUUGAAAUCCUUCUCUAUUCGAAUCUUGGGGCUAGCAGAUCAAAUUUCGGAUAAGGCUCAAAAGGGCAUUGAUGGCUUACCAGAGGAGGUACAAGACAGUAUCAGAGCUGCUUUCGAGAUCUAUAUGGCCAUUGGACCCACGCUUGUUAAUGACCCUGGUUUCCCUUUGCGUGCAAAAGUGCCCAAGCGUCAGCAGCAAUGGAUUGCUUUGCGCUGUAUCUACGGUUUCCGUGGUCCUGUUGCUCGCGCUAUGUCAACUACAUUCUAUGAAAUGGUAUCCAUCUACUCUCGUGCAUUUGCUCGUCUGUCCAACACAAGAAAGACAGCAGCAGCAGCAAGAGCCGUGGUAGCAGCAGCCACAGCAAAUUAA